AGUGUGUGUGUUCCUCUGCAGUGUUGAGCAUGGCGUCGGUUCUGCAGAAGCUCAUCACUCCUCUGUGGAGCGGGCCGCUCGAGCCGCCGAGGAACAAGGUGACGGUGGUGGGAGUGGGGCAGGUCGGCAUGGCCUGCGCCGUCAGCGUCCUGCUGCGGGAGCUGGCGGAUGAGCUGGCGCUGGUGGACGUCGUAGAGGACAAACUCAAGGGCGAGAUGAUGGACCUGCAGCACGGCAGCCUCUUCCUGAAGACGCCCAAGAUCGUCUCAGGCAAAGAUUACUCGGUGACGGCUAACUCUCGUAUCGUGGUGGUGACGGCAGGCGUGCGUCAGCAGGAGGGCGAGAGCAGGCUGAAUCUGGUGCAGAGGAACGUCAACAUCUUCAAACACAUCAUCCCGCAGAUCGUCAGAUACAGUCCUAACUGCAUCCUCAUCGUCGUGUCCAACCCAGUGGACGUCUUGACAUACGUGACCUGGAAGCUGAGUGGCCUGCCAAAGCACCGUGUCAUCGGCAGCGGGACCAACCUGGACUCGGCUCGCUUCCGGUAUCUGAUGGCCGAGAGGUUAGGCAUCCAUCCCAGCAGCUUUAACGGAUGGAUUCUGGGAGAACACGGGGACUCCAGCGUUCCUGUGUGGAGCGGAGUCAAUGUGGCCGGAGUGUCCCUCCAGGGUCUGAACCCUGACAUGGGAACAGAUAAAGACAAGGAGGACUGGAAGAGCGUCCACAAGAUGGUGGUUGACAGGUGA